AUGAGCCGGGGCUGGUGGAAGUGCGGCGCAUGUCAGGGGCUGUGGCUGGUGGCAUUUAUAGUCUGCGGCGUGCUGGCCACAUGCGACGCUAGAAUUCUCUCCGGGCGCGAACGAGGUCUCGCGGGCGCGCGUGCCGGCGCGGCCCCCGCCUGGUUCCCCGCCGUAGCUCCCGCAGCGCGGCACCCGCUGCAGAGCGACACGACGCCGCCCGCGAACGCGACGGCCAACACGACCGCGCCCGCGAACACCACGGACGCGCCAACGACGGCGCCGGCCGCGAGCGCCGCCGCAGCGAACGGCACUAGCAACGACACGGCAGCAACCACGACGCCGGCAGCGACAACAACAGCGCCCGGCGAGACCACGACGCCGCCGGCGACGACCGACGCGGCAACGACCACGCCGGCCGCCACGACCACCGAGGCGGCCACGACGCCGGCCGCCACGACCGCGGAAGCCACGACGGACCCCGCGGGCGCCGGGAACACCCCUGCCGCGACGACGGAGCCGGGCGGGGGGGACGCGACGACGCCGGCCGCGACGACGGAGCCGGGCGCCGCCGGCGGCGGCGGCGGCGGCGGCGGCGGCGGCGGUUCGAAGGUGAGCGACGAGGCGCGGACGGCGAUCAUCGUGAUCGCGGUGGUGUCGUUCGCGGGGCUGGCGUUCGUGGGGGUGCGGCGGGGGAUGCAGGCGUGGCGGAAGCGGCGGUAUCCGCCGUCGCUGUACGUCGGGGAGCUGGAGAUGACGGACGGGCCAAUGCUGGGGGACCGGGGGGAGUGGACGGCGGCGAACGACGGGGACGAGCGCGGGCCGCUCGGGAACCGGUACUGA